CGCUCGGGCUGUCCAGGGAAGGGGCGGCCGAGAAAGAACGGGACUGACUUCCAUAAAGUUUCCCGAAGCAUCUGCUACCCGAAAGGCCCCAGCCAAGCCGCGAUGAAGAGCUUCUCACAGUGAAAGGAAAAUAGGUCGUACCCAUUAAAAAUGCCUUUGAGGGACAAAUACUGUCAAACUGACCACCAUCAUCACGGAUGCUGCGAACCAGUUUAUAUCCUGGAGCCUGGAGAUCCUCCUUUAUUACAGCAACCAGUACAGACAUCCAAAUCUGGUAUUCAGCAAAUAAUUGAGUGCUUUCGAUCAGGAACCAAACAACUUAAACAUAUUUUAUUAAAAGAUGUGGACACUAUUUUUGAAUGUAAAUUAUGCCGUAGUCUCUUUAGAGGAUUACCAAAUUUAAUUACCCAUAAAAAGUUUUACUGCCCACCAAGUCUCCAAAUGGAUGACAAUCUUCCUGAUGUGAAUGAUAAACAAAGCCAAGCCAUAAGCGAUCUCCUAGAAGCCAUAUAUCCAAGAGUGGACAAGAGAGAAUAUAUUAUUAAGCUAGAACCCAUAGAAACCAACCAAAAUGCAGUGUUUCAAUAUAUUUCAAGGACUGAUAAUCCUGCUGAAGUGACAGAGACAAGCAGUACCCCUGAACAAACUGAAGUUCAAAUACAGGAGACAAGCUCGGAACAGCAGAAAGCAGUUCCCGAUGCAGAUACAGAAGUGGUGGAGGCCAUAGAGCCUCCUCCGGUAGAGACUGUUGUAGAUGAAGCCACAGCUCCUGCUCAGGAGCAACCUCAGGAAUCACAGGCUGACGUGGAGACAUCUGACAGUUCUGACCUUGGUCACCAGUUGAUAUGUUGUCUUUGUAGAAAAGAAUUCAAUUCUAGACGAGGUGUCCGUCGUCACAUUCGAAAAGUACACAAGAAAAAGAUGGAAGAACUAAAAAAGUACAUUGAAACACGGAAGACUCCAAACCAGUCCUCAAAAGGACGCAGUAAGAGUGCUCUGGUUUCAUUAAGUAGGAGUUGUCCAGUUUGUUGUAAAUCAUUUGCUACAAAAGCAAAUGUAAGGAGGCAUUUUGAUGAAGUUCACCGAGGACUAAGGAGGGAUUCAAUUACUCCUGAUAUAGCAACAAAGCCUGGGCAACCUUUGUUUCUGGAUUCCACUUCUCCUAAAAAAUCUUUUAAGACUCGAAAACAAAAGUCUUCAAAGGCUGAAUACAAUUUAACUGCAUGCAAAUGCCUCCUUUGCAAGAGGAAAUACAGUUCACAAAUAAUGCUUAAGAGACAUAUGCAAAUUGUUCACAAGAUAACUCUUUCUGGAGCAAACUCUAAAAGAGAGAAAGGCCCUAAUAAUACUGCCAACAGUUCAGAAGUAAAAGUUGAGUCAGCAGAUUCUGUAGAGUCUUCACCCCCUUCCAUUACCCAUUCUCCACAGAAUGAAAUAAAGGGAACAAAUCAUUCAAAUGAAAAAAAGAACACACCAGCAACACAGAAAAACAAAGUUAAACAGGACUCGGAAAGCCCAAAAUCAGCUAGUCCUUCGGCUGCAGGUGGCCAGCAAAAAACCAGGAAACCAAAACUUUCAGCUGGCUUUGACUUUAAGCAACUUUACUGUAAACUCUGUAAACGCCAAUUUACUUCCAAGCAGAACUUGACUAAACACAUUGAGUUGCACACAGAUGGAAAUAACAUUUAUGUUAAGUUCUACAAGUGUCCUCUCUGCACUUACGAAACUCGUCGGAAACGUGAUGUGAUAAGGCAUAUAACCGUGGUUCAUAAAAAGUCAUCUCGUUACCUUGGGAAAAUUACAGCCAGCUUAGAGAUCAGAGCUAUAAAAAAGCCUAUUGAUUUUGUUCUAAACAAAGUGGCAAAAAGAGGCCCUUCAAGGGAUGAAGCAAAACAUAAUGAUUCAAAACAUGAUGGCACUUCCAAUUCUCCUAGUAAGAAGUAUGAAGUAGCUGACGUCGGUAUUGAAGUGAAAGUCACAAAAAACUUUUCUCUUCACAGAUGCAAUAAAUGUGGAAAGGCAUUUGCCAAAAAGACUUACCUUGAACAUCAUAAGAAAACUCAUAAGGCAAAUGCUACCAAUUCACCCGAAGGAAACAAAACCAAAGGCCGAAGUACAAGAUCUAAGGCUCUUGUCUGCCUGGCGAAGCCGUCGCCCCGCAGCGCCGCCAUCCUGCGCCCGCCCGCGGGCGCCGUCACCACGCGCCAGGCCGCCUCCAGCUGCCGCGCCAAGCUCCGCGGCGCCGCCAGGGAGCGCCAGCACGCGGCGCGCGCCCUCGGCAGGUCAGCCGCCCCGUGACGGCGCCGGCGCCGCGCGCUCCCGAGGCCGCGCGCACCGCCAUACCUCCGGCGCCCUGGUCGUCUGCAGACCCAGCAUCCACCGGCCGCCUAGGCUUCGUCGCCGGUCGAGCUCCUCAGCCCGCCCCCGCUGCCGCGGCUUACCCUGCCUCUCGGGACGCCGGGUCACUCCUUGCUCCGAGCUACGCGUUUCUUCAGCCCGCCUGCAAAAUCCUGGCUUCUUUGAAAACUUCACCGCACACGAUUCGGUUUCCCUAUUUCUUGUAACGACUGUGUUCCCACUCAGAUUCUUUCCAUAAUUAGUUCUUCAAAGCCAGCGCUGUUUUCUUCAUUCAAUUCUCAUCAACCUCCACCUCCCAGUCCCAUCUGCCAGAAAAUUCUAAUUGUCCAGAUUCUCUGGGAUGGCUAACAAACCCAGAGUUGUAUCCUGCACAUCUGUAAUUGAACUCAAAUGUUAGGCUUUCCCCUUGCUGUAACUUCAUCUCCAAUAGCCCUUGCUCUCUGUGGAAUCAGCUCUUGUUUCCAAGGACCUAAGCUCAUCAUCCUUAGAAACUGGAUCCUCUCUAGACUAUUGUCGCUGGUGACCACAGGAAUGUGCCUUCCAUAUCUGCUCCGGGAAGGCUUGUUGGCUUAGCCCCUCUUGUUUUCCCAGGCCCUCUGCCCCUGGCUUUACACUGAGGUCUUAACUUCUCUUGGGCUAUUCCCAGGGACUGGUCACAGCUGAAGGAGCUGUGAUGGCCCAUUCAUGUGACAUACAUGGCCCCUCAACAAACUAUUUUGGGGUGGGGGCCCUUCAACUCUUGGCUGAAGCUUUCUUAGGACUCCGGGCUUCAGUCUGUAGCCCCUCUUGCCUUUCCUAGGUAUGUCAGAGCUGCGUUACGGCUUGAAGGCUCUCUUUUCUCUUCUCCUCUUUUGCUUUCUUUUCUUUCUCAGGUGUCCCCUCAACACAACUGCUGCACAGUGACCGUUGUCUUGGUGUCUGCUGCUAGGACCUGAACUGACACAUCAGACAUUCCAGUCUCUGACCACCUUCUUAUCCUGAGUUCUUUGUUCGUUGACCUCAUUUUUCUGCUAACGAGCAGGCCAUGUCUCGGAUCUUUUUCCUUGACUAGCCCAGAUUCCACAGUCCAUUCUUGUAAUCCUGCCUUGAAAUGCAGUUCUCUCAGCACUCUCAAACCUCAGUUUCUUCAAAAUUAUUUCCCUGGGAAAAAGAAAAAAAUCCAACCCCGGGUGUAGGUAACCUCUGUCUUGCCUGACUGUACGAUGGACCAUUUCCUUUAAGAAAAUCACGAAACCAACCAACCUGCGCUACUUCCAACAUAUUAUUGCAAAUCCUAAAUUGACGUUUUUUUUCCCAUGGUCAUCUCAGUCCCCCACUCCUAGACCUACUGUUUCUAUGCAUGCAUCUCCCCAGAAUGUGCCGUUUGUUUUUAUAUUUCCCUGAGAAAUAAGAAUUAUAGACAGAGCUCCUCAGCUUUCUACUACAGUACGUGGAAGGGAUCUUCUAUUUUGUGACUGUGAAAGGAGCCCCUUCUUUCAGUGCCCUGAGUCUCACUCCCUCUUGCUUUUUGAGUAACUUAAGGUUUUCUUUCUCUCUCUCCUGUUCCAUCAUUCUCCCCUGCCUCUUAUCAUUUGUAGUAAAGGGCAUCGCCAUUCAGCCAGUUUCUAUAGUUAGAAAUCUGAGGUUCAUCUUUGCUACUUUUAUGACAAGUUCCUUACAAAGCAGACCAUUUUAUAACUCUUUUUUUUUUUUUUUUUUUUUUUUUUUUUUUUUUUUUUUUUUUAGAAGGAGCUCUCCGCACAGCUCUGGUUGGCUUGGAACUCACUAUGUAGAACAGAUUAGCUCUGAAUUUAUAACGAUCUCCCUGCCUCUGCCUCCUAAGCCCUGGAAUUACAGGUGUGUACAAUCACGCCUGACUUUGUCUUUAAUUUGUCUCCUUCCAAAGUCAGUGCUAUGACCAACAUUUUUUCUUACUUGACGUCGGUCGGCUAAUCAUGCCUCCUCUCCCGGGUACCACUUUUGAUCUACUUUAGUACCUUUUUGAUAACCUGGUAAUAGUGACCUUUGUCAUCCAUUAAAUCAAAUAAACCCCUUACCGUGGCUCACAAAGCCCUGCCCCGUCUGACCCUUUUCUCUUCCUCUAACAGCCUCUGGACCCUUCUCUCACUGUUUACCGUGCAUGUCCACACAACAUGCCAAGCAGGAUCUUCUUUGUACCUCAGGGGGUAAUGAAUGCCACCAUCUCUAAGCUGCUUCUCAUGGCCACCUUCUCUCUCUCCAUCAAAAUCUGCCUUCUAGAUGGGAGCGAAGUUUUGAGAGGCCUGCCUGGAGUACCAUGUUGAGAUACUGAGUACCAUGAGUCAUGACCUCCCAAUCAUUUCCUCUCCCAGGUCUUUAUUUGUAAUCUUAUUUAUUUGUUGACUCUGUCUUAUCUCCAUUUUCCCAUGCCAGGAUGUAUGAAGGAAGAAACCGGGUGUGGAUGUCUGAAUUCUUCAAUGCUGCCUUCUCUGUCCAUAGCAGAUUUGGUGCAUAGAAGGCCCACAACAAAUGUCUGUAGAAGGAGUACAUGGAUACACAGGCAAACUUCUCUGUUGGGAAUUCGCUUUCUAUUGAUGUAGUAAAAGCUGUUUAUAUAUUAAAACCACUAAUCAUUUGUUUAUUCUGUCUGUUGCAGACAUUUCCUCCCCAAUUUGUGCCAUUUUAAUUCUUAAUGUCUGUGAUGUACAGAAAUACUGUAUUUUCACAACAAUAAAUACCUUUUAUGAA